AUGAGGGUACACUUGGGAGAGGAAAAGUUUGCUGGUGGAUUUGCAGAUCUUUUACUUGAAAUUGGCAAUGGUGAUUAUCCAUCGUUUGAUGAAAUGAUAACUAUCCCAGAAAAUUUGUGCACAGUUGUAACUACAUUUCAGGAUUUAAUAUCAAACAUUUAUCCAGAUAUUGCUCAUAUUCGUGAUAAGCCUAUGGAACGGUUGUGUGAACGUGCUAUAGGUACUCACUCCAAAAAAUGA